GGGCUCGGAAGGGCGGGGAGCGAGCGUGGGCAGCGCUUGGAAGCGCCCGCGGAGGGGCGUUCGGGGCGCUCGCCCACCCGGCUGGCUGGCAGCCAGCGUGGGCGAGACGGGGGGACCGUCCUCCGGCGCUUGGCCCCGGGAACUCCCCUGCAGCGGCCGGGGCUGGAGCGAUGCCCGGCGGAGCGCCCUGCUGGAGAAGCAGGCAGGCAGGCAGGCAAGCAGGCGACGUGACGGCCCUGUCCGAGCGCGCUGUUCCCCGGCUGGGCGGGCGGGCUGGCCGGCGCGGCGUCCUGGCUGGCUGGCUGACUGGCUGACUUCCCUUGCCGAGCUUGCCCGCCGCCCGAGGGAGCGCGGCGGCGGCUGCAGCAGCGUCUUUCGGCUCGGCUUCCUGCUUUCCGAUCGGCCGUCACCUCCUUCCCUCCCUCCCUCCCUCCUCUACUCCGGAGCGGAGGCAAUCGGCUUACUCCGGACUCGCCCCGUUUGCCUCGCCAUCCCCUCUGCGUUUGGAUCGGAGCCCCCUCCGAGUUUCCAGCCUCUCUUUCCCAGUCUCUGCUCUUGAGAAGUUUGGAGGUGUCUUGACUGCGCCUGGCUUUGGAGGUUAACGUGGGUCGGUUGGCUCCUGUGCCCCAUUCUGUUAUCCCGAAGGCAUUGCCAGCGUGUGGAGCCUGCGCCACACCCACACCCUGCCAAAUCACGGCCUUUACCUGCGUGUUCCAGUGUUUCCCCUGCGACCCGUCGUGUAGGAGGACCUCCUGGGCCACCUCCGAGUUCACGCAACAUUCGGUGGCGCCAAUGGUGAAGAUGACCCGGUCCAAGACAUUCCAAGCGUACCUGCCUUCGUGCCAUCGCACGUACAGCUGCAUCCACUGCAGGGCUCACCUGGCCAACCACGACGAACUAAUUUCAAAGUCUUUCCAGGGAAGUCAAGGGCGAGCCUAUCUCUUCAAUUCAGUAGUCAACGUGGGCUGCGGUCCGGCGGAGGAGCGAAUUCUGCUAACGGGACUCCAUGCGGUGGCUGAUAUUUACUGUGAAAAUUGCAAAACCACACUGGGUUGGAAAUAUGAACACGCCUUUGAGAGCAGUCAGAAAUAUAAAGAAGGCAAAUACAUCAUCGAAUUAGCUCACAUGAUCAAAGAUAACGGCUGGGAUUGACCAGCCGGGAGAAGAAUGUCGACCGAUCCACGCAAGCGUUCACUCUUCCGACUGAACAUUUUAUCUCCGAGAGCGAGCAAGUGAUUGGCACUCGCUGGGUCCCAUGCAUCCGGAGGGCUUUGUUGUCGUACUAAGACACACUUCCUUGCACACCCCUCUGCCAUCUUGACUGGCGACCGGCUGUCCCUCUUGUCUCUUUGCUUUUCGUAUCUUGUUUGUGAGUCAACCUCAAGUUAGGGUCCUCUAGUCUUCCUCUUUCACUGUUCUGGCAUUGUGUUGUGUUGUGUGGUUUUGUUUUGUUUUUUAAACAGUGACAAAGGCAAGGAAUGAACCCAAUGCCAAACCAUUUCGCAACUUAUGUCUCAGUAGAAACUGAAGAUUGCAUUUUUGGGGGGAACUAAAGUCAAAGUUUAUGGUUCAUGAGGGGGAAAUCGGCGCUUUGGGUUGUGGGACGGAUGAGAAAGAUCGAAUAGUGUUUCUCUCUGCCCUUUGUCCUUUUAAAUCCUGACAAACCAUGGCUUGAAACUCGUGGACUGUAAAAAGAGAUAUAUACACCUCAUGCCUGCCUAUUUCUCUGAGUCUCAAAAAAAAUGUAGGCCUCCUAAUUUUAGGCUAGCUAGUUCUGGUAUUCUCAAACCAAAUAUCCGUGUCUUUUUGGACUUGAGGUGGUUUUUUUUUUUUUUUUAAAUCUUGUCUUUUUGCUAAGCUCGUUGAAAAGAAAGAGGUAAGGGAUGUUUUAACAUCUUUGGUUUCUGGAGAGUUAGCCCACCCCAAAACUCUGCAGAGAUAAGCCUGAUUGCCUGGGAUGUGUGUCUGUGUGGGGGGUUUUUUUUUGGACUGUAAAUCUAGCAUCACACAAUUGAAGUUCCUCAAGGAUGCAUGGAUUGUGUGUAAAGUAAAAAGGAGGUCAGGGAGAAAUGGGGGAGGCAAGCAGAACAUAGAGGUGAAGGUAAAAGGGACUCUGUGCCUACUUAACGGAUGUCCAGGUCUUAGCAAUGCCUGUCAAAUCUUAACUAUUGCUGUGGGACAUCUAGACGUUGAAGUUGCAGCUUCAAAGCAUGGUUCUCGGCCUUGUCGUUUUUCAGAGCUUCUCCUCACACAGGAGAGCAGACUUUGGCCACCACAUGGUGCAAAGGCAAUAUUCCAGAGGCUGAAAGUGUUCAAAUUUGGGUGAACCAGUAGGACCUGGGAACCAUCUCCUCCGGUUCCAUCCAUUCCUUCACUCCUGUUUUGGAAGGGUUGAGAAGUACGCUUUUGCUUCCCACUUCCUGCAUCUCAGCCACCACCUUUCUCCUCAGUGGCCUUCCAGAGGUUUAGCUCUGGUGGUUAGCUCCUACUUUGUUGAGGAUGUUCUUGCACGCGACAGUAGGAAAUUGGGUCUCUUGAGAUCCUACUUUGUGGAGGAUGCUCCUUGCACACAACAAUAAUAAUUUGGGUGGCGUUGCUAACAACAAAAUCAAAAGGGCUGGUCGCUUCCACUAAAGAGCAUAAACCAGACUUGGCCGAAAAGUCAUUUUGCGCUGAAAGAAAGCAUCGUGUUCUCUGUGAUUAGAAAAAAUAAAUAGAAUAAAUAACUUUAUAAUAGGGAGCGGGGCAGCCAUUCCUGUCACUAACAUCUCCAUCUUCUCUUAACCCUCCUGGCUGAUCAGAAGAGGACCCAGCCAGAAGGUUGAGCAUGCAUGGUGGUCCUUUGUUGGAUCUGAUCGUUGAGGUUCAGAAGCUUGUCGGAAAGGGAUCCAGUUUCCCAGGUUGCAAAGCUGGAGAAAUCCCUGACGUAUGUCUCUGGGUGGCUUAAAAGCUAUCUUUGCCCCACUGACCUAGCUAAGGAUUUAAUUGUCUCUCCAGCUUUGCAGGAGAUAAGUCUGAAUGACGCUGUGGAUAAACUGAAGUCUGGAGGUAGACUUAUCCAAGGCAACGCUUUCCUGGAAGUCACUCCUGUUGGGUUCAAGGAGAGCUUUGGGGUCAGAUGAGAGGCUGAAGGACCUUGGGACAAUUCUUGGAAAAAUUCUAGGGCUGUGUUUCUGUUCCCCCCUCCCCAAUGUCCUCCAAUUCCUGUUGUAUUUUAUAGGAUGGGUCAAUAAUGGCCUGAAACUCUUCUGCCCUUUGACCCGACAUGUAAUACAGGGCUAAUCUGAACGGCAUUGACUUUAAUCUCCCUCGAUUAUUGUUAUUUUUUUCCUAGUCUGUUUUUUUUUUUCCUUCGUUUUCAUUUGCCAGGGGGUGGAAAUAGUUCCUUUUGGAAUCCUCUGGAGGGCAAAAAAAAAAAA